AUGACGUUGGCGACCUUCUUAAAGGUUAAUCCACCAAAGUUCAAGGGAACCACCAAUCUGACUGAAGCCGACGCUUGGUUUCAAGCUAUUGAGCGAGCAUUGCAAGCGCAGUUGGUGCCUGAAGAGCACUGCAUCGAGUUUGCUACUUAUCUGCUCACCGGGGAAGCGUCGUAUUGGUGGCAGAUAGAAUUUGACAAGAAGUGCUUUCCGAAUUUCGCCCGAACGGCCAAGGAACUGGAGUUACUGCAGCUGAAGCAGGGUGCGAUGUCGGUAUUUGAGUAUACAGAUAAGUUUGAGGAGCUGUUCAGAUUCUCCCGCAUGAGUCAAGGAGCUCCGGGGGACUUCGAGGAGUGGAAAUGCAUCAAGUAUGAAGGAGGGCUCCGAAGUGACAUCUACAGUUCAGUAGGGCCUAUGGAGAUCAGGACUUUUUCCGAGUUGGUAAACAAGAGCAGAGUUGCCGAAGAGUAUGUGAAGAAGGCAGCUACAGAGAGAGAAAGCCAUAGGGGACCAUUCCCACUGAACCGAGGGAAGAGUUUUGCUCCUAGAGGUCCACCCUUCAAGCGGGGAGGCUUCGGAUCGUGUUACUCAUGUGGUAAGCCGGGGUAUAAAGCCUUCAACUGCCCAGAGAAGCAGAGACAGGGUGCUGGGAGAGCACAACAGCCUGGUCGGAUGUUUACUACUUCAGCUGUGGAUGCCGAGGGGUCUGAGACACUUAUCCGAGGUUAUGACCUGAAGGUGUAUAAUACCACCCAUGAAGCCAUGGAAUUUCAAGGUGUUAUGCUGUUAGCUGCGAGUGUAUCAGGUGAGGAACAAAAUUUAAAGCAAAUCCCAGUUGUUUGUGAGUUUCUUAAAGUAUUUCUUGAUGAUAUUGAGGAAUUCCCUCCUAGCCGAAAGGUUGAAUUUUCAAUUGAGUUGGUGUUGGGAAUAGGGCCAAUUUUGAUUGCCCCUUACAGAAUGUUGCCUUUGGAAAUGGCUGAGCUCAAGACCCAAUUGGAAGACUUAAUGAGCAAGUGCUUUAUCCGCCCUAGUGUUUCUUCGUGGGGAGUGCCAGUGUUAUUGGUGAAGAUAAAAGACGGGAGUAUGCGGCUUUGUGUGGAUUACAGGUUGACAAACUCUCCUGCAAUGUUUAUGGACUAUAUGAACAGAAUCUUCCGCCCAUUCUUGGAUAAGUUUGUUGUUGUCUUCAUUGAUGACAUACUAAUUUAUUCUAAAACCGAAGAAGAGCAUGCCGAGCACUUGCGAACUGUGUUACAAAUUCUGAAGGAGAGGAAAUUGUACACCAAGUUAUCUAAAUGUGAAUUCUGGAAAGAUAAGGUGAAGUUUCUUGGCCAUGUGUGGCCUAGUAUGAAGAAUGAUGUAGCGGAAUAUGUCUCAAAGUGCUUAACUUGUCAAAAGGUGAAGAUUGAACAUCAGAGACCCUCUGGGACAUUGCAACCUUUGGAGGUUCCGCAAUGGAAGUGGGAGAGCAUUGUGAUGGAUUUUGUGUCGGGAUUGCCGAGGGCUAGAACCAGUUUUGAUGCUGUCUAG